UUAAAUUACUAAUGUGAUAAAGUUAUAGUCGAAUCUUAUAUCAUAAAGCACAGCUUCACUCUAAAUCACCAGAUCCUGUGAAAUCUUUUGUUUUUUUACAUUAUAAAUAGCUACGUUUAUAUGCGCCAAAUUUCCACUAUUCAAUUGAAAUCUUGGUUGAUUGGAAAUCCCAAAUCCCUGUGUACAUGGACACCAACAGAAACAGUCCGAUCAUCCAGUGAGUGUGUUUUUUGCCCCGUUAUUGGAACUUCUUCGCAUUUUUACCUGUAUGCUUUUGUUUUUACUGAUCGUCUUAACUAAGCUACAGGCUCAGCGGUACGUAACGCUACUGGUCCUCCACCACGGGAGAGGAGAACAGGAUAACUUCUGUUUACCUCCCACCAUGUUUUUGACAUGUCCUGAGCGUCUGCAAUGGCGGACUGACAUCACGCUGGAGUUGCACACAUGUGCAGUGGGCAUUAUUUUACUCCAACAGUCCCAAUGGGUGUGUACAUGGAUGUCAUUCAGAAUGAUGAUCGGACAAAACCACCUUGCUCAAUCAGAAUGAAAUUUCAUUCCAUUCGGACCGUAUCGAAUCAGAAUAUUCACAUUAACAUGUUUACAUGAAGAAUUUCUGAACUGAUAGGGCAUUCAUUCCGAGUACUUGUGCCCAUGUAAACGUAGCUAGUGUUUCAGCUAUUACCACAGGAAACUGUUGCUCAACAUCUGUAAAAGUGACUAAAUUAUAGCAAUUUUUGUGUUUUUGGAUGUUCAAUUAUUUGUGGCAGUAAUCUUGCGUGGGGUUAACCCCAAAGUUUAUCGGCUUUAGAUGAACAUCCGACAAGAAUUUUCUGCGUGUUUCAUUAAAAUCUAUUUUGUGGUUUUUGAUGUAAUUUACUAAUUGACAAGGUCAGCUCCACAGGUCAAUGGCAAAACUUUAAGGAAAGGUAUCGAAACAUGCAUUGCUUAGAGAAUGAAACAGUGAUCACUCUCAGCUAUUACAAGACCAAAUGUUGGGUCUUUAUGUAUAAAACUGAGAGAGUUUUGUGUUUUCUAAGGUCAGCUGACUUGGUAUCAUGAACCGAGUUAACUCUAAAGGUUUAUCAGUUGUAAAUGUUUUAGUAUCAUUAGUUUUCUGAAAGUUUCAUUAAAACACAGUCAGUAGAUUACAGGACCUUUUACAAAUACGCCUAUAAACACGAGCUAAAACGUCUGCAGAAAUGUGGCAAACAAGUGGUCAUAGAACUCCUCCUCCAAAAUAAAACCAUAUGUGUUGUUUAACCAACAGGUGAUUUAUGUGAAACAAGGACAACACAAAGCCUACAGCGUUUGUGAAGUUCUUUUUACUUCAAUCAAUAAGCCAGUCUCAUGCUAAUCACUUUUCAACUGCUCACCCCCCCUCUCAUUAUGAGACUUGUCUCCUGCCACGCCCCCUCCCAGUGCUUUUUGGGGUCCUAACUGGACCGAAGUGGCCCUGCAGGGCUGCAGGAGAUCAUUUUUCUCAGUUUAAGGGAUUAGUGGUUGCUUUUCGCUACAACCAUUAAAGGGACCUGAAAAUUAGGCUGAUCCUUCGUGCCCAGCUGUGCUGUCGCUGGGGGUUGGAAACUUGGGACCAAGGCCCCUCCCACUCAAAGCCCAAACUACUACUGGGCCAAGUCUCAAGUGUUUGAGAUCAAUCAGCACUCAUCUGUUCCACCAUGAAAUUAAAGUGAUUUAAAAAAAACUUUUUUGUCCCUCUUGGAAUAAACUUGUUACAUCAUAUAUUUUUAGUUCACUAGAGGAAAUCCAGUAUUUACACUCCAUGCAUCAGAGCCCUGUUUUCUGCUGAAAUGAUCAUGUGGGUCAUCUAGGUGAAAGCAAUGUCAAGCCAAAAUGGUUAUUAAAGAACUUUGUGACACUUUUUUUAAAUCACCAUUUUUUUUAAAAAGGUUUUACGCAGAUGCGCUUUGAAAAGAGCCACAUUUCUGAUUGGGCAAGAUCACACUCCAUGGCAGCUGGUUCAUUUGCUUCUCAAGAUGACAGAUGGCAAAACACAAACACAAAAAGAGAGAGAGACAUGAUUAAGUAAUGAGGAUGCCUGCCGCAAUAAGGGAAACUACUUUUCUCACUUUUCCUGACAAACUUUUGCCUUGCUCUUGAAAAGCCCAAAUUUAAAAACCAAUUUCAUCCAUUUAGUAUUUGUGAUCCAUUAUAUAAUUAAUCAUAAACAUUAUGAAUAUUUUAAUUCCAGGUUUAUUGUAUUUACUAAACCAGUUUCUUUACUUGUUCCAAAUGUAUUUUUAACUUUCAAGAAGGGGAAGAAAAGUUUACUUAAAAUGUCCUCCAGAAUUGGGUCUAUAAAUUUAGUUUGUCUUUAAAUACACACAAAUGAGUAACUGGGGUGGAAGCCAGUGUUUUGCCCCGCAGAUGGGCAGCAGUGUUUGUGAACACCAGUGUGGCAGUUGGCAGGGAUUGGGGAGAAAGGGGGGAUGGGUAGACUCCAAUGGCACAUGCUCCAAUUCAAAUUAUCCCUGGACCCUGUGCAGCAGUGGAGGACCUGCUGGGGCCCAGGGUGGCAUUCAUUACAGCCACAGGCUGGUUUUUCUUUCUUUUUUUUUUUUUUUUUUGGUCAGCCCCUUCAUCAUGACACCACUCCUAAAACUAUCAAAUUCAUACUCUACUUAAUCUCAUUUAAUCUGCUUAAUUUUUUUAUUGAACCCCUCCCAACAGCAUCUAAACUGAAUUUUUCAUUUGUAUUUAUCACAAAUAGCAAGUAGAUUAGAAAAUGAAUGUCAACAGAUAAAUACCAGAAAGAUGUUAAAUUUCACCAAAUUAAUACAGCUCAAUAAAACCAUCAAAGCAAUAAUAAUAAGACUUUCACUAGAUGAAUGCAAAUGAAAUUACACAUUAAAAGUGCCUCUAUGGGGGAGAAAUGCUUUCAUGAGCUUUUUUUUAAACCUUCACUGACUGUGCUCUAUGUGUUUAUAAUCUGAUGAGAAGUAACCAAUUAUCUCUCUAAUUACAUCUGUAUUACUGCAUGGAAAAUGAGCUUUCUGGUAUGCUGAGUGAAGAGAGCACGUCUAUUUUAUUAUAGCAAAAAUAAAAAACAUUGAUAUAUAUUCAGCUUGUUGACAUUAAUUAACUGAUUGGGGUGUUUGAAUGAUUAAAAGUGUUCAUGGAAGGAAAUGGCUCAUUUCAAAAUAAAGGUUCCUGUGUUUGUGUCAGCACAUAAAGCUCACGUCAAAGGAAGUUUAAACAUGCCCAUAGGGCAAUGAUGUUAAUAGGAGUGUUACAUAAAAUAAUAAUAAUGUGCAUUUUGCAGAGGCUAAUCCAUUAAAACAACGUGAAGUGUGAAAAUGUUCCUGUUGGCUCAUCACUGCUGAUGGAGAGGGGGAAAAGUGAAAUUGACAAUAUCAUCGUAGGAGCGCACUAAAAAGGGGCGACGGUCCGCUCCACUACACUGAAGUAGGGAUGUCUACAGUGGAAGAAGAAGGGGGAGGGUACCACUUUGUCACAGGCUGCUAUGUAGAUUAACCUUUCAAUUAGUUGUUAUCAGGUCCUCUCCAUGUCUCGGCGCGAGCGUUUCAGCCCUCGCUUUAAGACAUCCAAAUCGCUCGGAAUAUGUCGCUUCACAUUUUACCCUUCGACGUGAUAAUGAAGAGGAGUAAUCCGAGGGGGGAAACUUGAAGAGGUAAAACUACCAGCAAAUAUUUACGGUUUUAUCUAGGAUUCUAGAGAAUCCAGUUCCUGGUCAGCUGAAAACCGUCAUUGUGGAAUUUAUUUGUGCCAACUUUUUCCUGAAGUUCACCGUGGACUGAGAAAUUCUCUGUGGAUGUUGUUGUGGAGCGUUACUUCCUGGCCGUAUUAAGGAUGUGGAUGUACCUUUUCUUCAACUCCAGAAAGGGGGAAUCUUUAUGGAUCACAGUUUUGUGAGGCUCAUUGUUCAACCAUGGUAAAACUUGCAAACCCUCUCUACACGGGGUGGAUUCUUGAAGCAAUACAGAAAAUAAAAAGGCAAAAGCAGAGGCCUUCAGAGGAAAGAAUCUGUCAUGCGGUGGCAACGGUGCACGGACUGGACAAGAAGACCGUCCUUGAGCAGUUGGAAUUAAGUGUUCAUGAUGGCUCUAUCCUCAAGGUUACAAAUAAGGGAAGCACUUCCUACAAGGACCCAGGAACUCCUGGAAGGCUUGGAUCGAUCUUGCCUGUAAACACAACUUUGCCAUCAAAGGAGUCUAUAUGGAAUUCAAGUGAUCUUCGCCAUAUUGAUUGGAAUAAAAUACUUAAAAAGGCCGUUGAAGGUCUGGAUGAUACCCAUGGCUCCUCGCUGAAGAACAUCGAGAGGUAUCUGAGGAAUCAGGAUGACCUCUCAAACGUUGUUGACAAUCCCGCUUUUCAGCAAAGGUUGAGACUGGCAGCUAAGCGGUUGGUUAGCGUUGGCAGGUUGGUUAAAAAUGGCCCACGGUAUAAACUCAGCCAUAGUGGCAUGGAGGGAAGGAGCUCCAGGUGUCCAAGCACUUCCCCCUUGGUCCUGUCAUCAGUGACGCUCCUCCCCCAUGAGCGAGACCAGCUCCGGGUCGACCCCAUCCCAAUAUGCAGUUUCUGCCUUGGAACGAAGGAGUCAAACCGGGACAAGCACCCAGAAGAGCUGCUGUCCUGUGCAGACUGUGGAAGCAGUGGCCAUCCGUCAUGUCUAAAGUUCUCUGAAGAAUUAACCUCAAAUGUGAAGAGAUUAAGGUGGCAGUGCAUUGAAUGCAAAACCUGCAGCUCCUGUCGAAUACAAGGGAAAAAUGCAGAUGAGAUGCUGUUCUGCGAUUCAUGUGAUCGGGGCUUUCACAUGGAAUGCUGCGAUCCGCCGCUUUCAAGAAUGCCAAAAGGAACCUGGAUCUGCCAAGUUUGCAGGCCAAAGGAGAAUAGGAAGAAGCUACUGCACAAGAAGGCCGAUCAGAUCAAACGUCGAUAUGCAAAGCCAAUCGGAAGGCCGAGAAAUAAGCUCAAACUAAGAAUGUCUGUAACCAGUGGUGAUGGCUCCAUGGUAGCACUUGGAGGAAGGGGGUCACCUGGUAGGGGUCAAAAGAUUACCGUCUGUUCCACACCUUCAUCUGGUCAUGCUGCAUCUGUGAAGGACGCCAGAGACAGAUUGACUGUUGCAGAGCCUUGUUGUGCGGUCAACGCCACCCAAUUCACCUCUUCCCCUCCCUCCACCACUCCCUCCCUCUCGCCCACCUCCACCCCAGCCACACUCACUGUUAACAAGAAAACCAAAGGGCUUAUUGAUGGGCUUUCCAAAUUCUUUACUCCUUCCCCUGUGGGCCGUCGCUCGCGAGCUGUAGCCAUAGAGUCACCCUCCAAACAGUUAGGCUCUAGAGAUAAGGGUCUGCCCAAACUGGCCAAGUCACCAGAGCCUUUCGCCAUUGCUGCUGAUGCCUCUCAAACGAUAACCCCUCCAUCUUCUGCACUUCUUCCCACUUCCACUUUGCCAGGACUUAGCUCCCCCUCGCAGGUGUCCAGCAGCUCCACUUCUGCUAACUCGCCGCAGAGCUCUUCCAGCCAGUCUAGUGUUCCUUCCCUGAGUAGUCUCUGCAGUAGCAGCCAACUUAAGGGGCUUUUUGAUGGACUCUCGCACAUUUUUACUACUCAGGGACAGUCGCGGAAAAAGAGACCACCAUCCUACGCACCGCCUAAGCUCUUGCCCCAUAAGCAGGAUUUGCCCAAAAUGGGGCCCCAGUGCCUUGGAAAUAACGAGUUUAGUAGACCUAGGUUACACUCCUCGUCUGCUGGGCCCGGCCGACCCAGAGGAAGCCCUUUUAAGAUGGUCAGUCAUUUCAAAUGCAACCCUUUCCUUAAAAAUCACAGGACACUAGGCAGGCUGAAGUAUAGAGUGAGCCCUCAGAAGGGAACCCCCUCACCAGGAAAGGGAGACUUGACAGACGGAAGAAUUAAGCCUGAGAAUAACAAUGGCCACGGCGCGGAGCUGCGAGUGAAGCAGGAGGUCCAAGCGGAGUUCGUGGCCACGUCGAGAGAACACGUCACGGAGGAGGACAUUGAGAUGUUCACGCGUGUCCAGGAACUCACAGCCCAGAAAACUGGAUCUCUGCUGAACACGGACUUUAUGAGAUGUCCUUCUGUCAUCGAGUUUGGAAAGUUUGAGAUUCAGACCUGGUACUCAUCGCCGUACCCGCCUGAAUAUUCAAGAUUGCACAAGCUGUAUCUGUGUGAGUUCUGUCUGAAGUACAUGAGAAGCAGAAACAUCCUCCUGAGACACACAAAGAAGUGUGGCUGGUUCCACCCACCAGCCAAUGAGAUCUACCGAAAGGACAACCUCUCUGUGUUUGAGGUUGAUGGAAAUGUCAGCAAACUGUUCUGCCAAAACCUCUGCCUGUUAGCCAAGCUUUUCCUGGAUCACAAGACCUUGUAUUAUGAUGUGGAGCCUUUCCUCUUCUACAUACUUACAAAGAAUGAUGAGAAAGGCUGUCAUCUUGUGGGCUAUUUCUCCAAGGAAAAGCUUUGCCAGCAGAAGUACAAUGUCUCCUGCAUAAUGAUUAUGCCUCAGUACCAAAGGCAAGGAUUUGGAAGGUUCCUUAUUGAUUUCAGUUACCUUCUCACCAGGAGAGAAGGACAAGCUGGCUCCCCAGAGAAGCCGCUGUCAGAACUGGGUCGCUUAUCCUACCUGGCAUAUUGGAAAAGUGUCAUACUGGAGCACCUUUAUAAGCACCCAGAUAAACACAUCAGUGUUAAAGGAAUAAGCAGGGCCACUGGGAUGUGUCCACAUGACAUCGCCUCUACUCUCCAGCAGCUCGGCAUGAUUGACAGACAGGAUGGCAGGAUUGUGUUGAUCAGAAGAGACAGAUUGAUUCAGAGGCACAUGGAGAGGCUGAGGGCUAGCCCGUGUCAGCACAAGGUGGACCCAGAUGCCUUACGCUGGACUCCUUCCAUGACUCUAAACGCUGUUCUGUCUGAGGAGGAAAGGGAGGCAGAGAUGGAUGCUGAGCGACUGAAGGAGCAGGCCAGUUGCUGGGAGAAAGAAGAGAGAGAGGGAAACGCGAUGAUUCACGGCGGCAGGCAAACUCUCACCAAGGUCCGCUGCAAGAUUCCCUACAGGACGUACGAACGCCGCCCCGCUCCCCCCUGGUCGAGGCGCAUCCAGCCAUCAGAGGCGGUGAGUGAUGACGAAGCUGAUGACGACUCCGACGGCUCGCCUCCCAUCCUGACAAAAGCUCAUACGAUGCUUGCAGCCAAGAGAAAGAGCGCGAUUGUUCUCAAGAAGCGAGGGCGCAAAAGGAAGCGAAUAAACAGCAGCGUAACGACAGAAACCAUCUCUGAGACCACGGAGGUGUUGAACGAACCGUUCGACAACUCGGACGAAGAACGCCCCAUGCCCCUGCUGGAACACACGUCCAGAAUGGGCGAGAUGGACGAGGAGGAUGACGACGAUGACGACGAGGAUGAUGAAGAGGAGGAAGAGACACAAAAUUACAAGACAUCAAUUAUACAGAUGAAACGCCGGAGAGGUCGCCCAAGGCUUGAGAAGAAUGCACACAAAGAUCUUGACCUCUGGAAUGAAGGAGCUGACGUUGUCUCCAAAAGACCCAGCAGACCUCGUCCAGUGAAAAGGAAGAAAGGCUGGCCCAAAGGGGUUAAACGAGGUCCUCCUAAAUGGAGACUCAAGAAUGAACGAAAGAUGGGCUUCAAGCUGAACCUCUACACCCCCCCUGAAACCCCCAUGGAGGCCGAGCAGCACCAUAUUCGCAUUGAGGAGGCAAAACACGAAACAGAUCAGGAUAUCAGCGCAGAUGAGGGUAGAAAUGUAGGCAGAGGCUUGGCUAGUCCGGAUUUAACGCAGGACGGGCUCCAGUCGGAGCCUCCAAGCCCUGCUGACCACGGCUCCCAGACGUCAAGCUCUCCUGAGGGAUCACCGGCUGCUUCUCCUGUGUGUUCUCCUGCUUCUCCGGUGUGUUCUCCUGCUGCAUCCGUUGAAGCUGUCUCACCGAGCCCUGCAACUCGAGCGGACUCUCCAGAACCACCGGAGGACAACCAGCGGGAGAGUGGACUCAAUCAGGACUCACCAGCCAAAGAUGUGGAGCUCAGCACCGAGGUCUCUGUAUCGCCGGAGAAUGACAACGAGGAAAACGAUGAAGAGGAGGAGAAAAGAGCUCAGCUAGAGGAUCAGGAUGCUGAUGAUGAAGAUGAAAGUCACAGCAAGGCAGCAGUGCCAGAGAGCAGCGCUGAAGAGUCAGAACAAAGUUCAAAGGAGACACCAAAAUGCACCCAACCUUUUUUAGAUCCAAAAGAAGACAAUGGCUCUGAGUUGAGUCAGCAGGUUGCUAAAGACCUCUGUAGUGAGAAAGAAGCAGUUAGUGCUGCAGAAAACCUGCAGGAUGGAGUAACAGAGAAGACAGAAGCAACACCUCCGCCUGAAGAUGCAGCCGUCGCUUCAAUAGCGGCUGCAGACUCCGAUAAUCCUGCAGAGUCUGAGUCCGAGGAGGAAAGCACACCCAGUCCUCGUCCUAAUCAGCCACCUCUUCUGCCUGCAGGGAGUACAAAAAUCAGUCCCGUGCUGAGAGAGGAUCACCCCGUCUACACGGAGAUUGACUCAGAGACUGUUCAAGCUGUUCAGUCCCUGACGCAAGAAAGCGAGGGAGAGAACGUUUUCCAGGACUGUGUGGAGAGCCAGGAGCCUUGCAGGAAUCUACAGAGUUUUGCCCACGUGGCCCAAAGCCCUCAGCUCACUUCGCUGGACGACUGUCCUCAGUCAAACCACAGCAGUCCCCUUUCCUCGGCACAGUCCCAUCCCAGCCAGUCCGUACGCUCCGUUAACAGCCCUGCAGUAUCCAUCAUGGAGAGCGGCUACACUCAGAUCAGCCCUGAUCACAGCGCCAUCUCCGUGCCCUCGCUUCACAACAUGGAGACGAGCCCCAUGAUGGAUGUGCCGUCUGUGUCCGAUCACUCCCAGCAGGUGGUGGACAGUGGAUUUAGUGAUCUCGGCAGCAUUGAGAGUACCACAGAGAACUAUGAGAACCCCAGCAGCUAUGACUCCACCAUGGGGGGUAGCAUCUGUGGCGCAGGUCCCUCCCAGAACAGCUGCUCGUAUGGCACUAUCCCCCCCAGCGGUCUGCCCCAGAGCAGCUGUGCUGUAAGCCAACAAAUGGCCGCCGUUAACCCUGGCAGCUGUGGGAUGAUUCAGGCGAACAGUCUGAGCUCGCCGCCACAUUGCAACGUCAAGUCGCCGCAAGGCUGCGUGGUGGUGGAGAGGCCUCCCAGCAACAGCCAGCACAACCAGCACAGUCAACACAGCCAGCGCAGCCAGCACAGUCAACACAACUCCCACAGCAGGCACGGCCCACACAAUCAGCACAGCCAGCACAAUCAGCUAACCCAGCAUAGUCAACACAAUCCCCACAACCAGCAUAGUCACCACCACAAUCACCACCCGCAGCACAAUCCGCUCAGCCAGCACAAUCAGCACGCUCAGCAUAGUCUUCACAAUCAACAUGGUCAUCACAGCCAGCAGCAGCAGCAGCAGCCCAUGGCUCAGUGCGCCAUACCCACCAACUUCACCACCACCGUGCAGCUGGCAGACAUCCCCGAGUCUGGAAACCCAAACUUCGCCCUCUAUGAGAGGAUGAACCGCCAGGGGGAGUACGGCAGCGGGCACUACGCUCAGUCGUCAGGCCUGAGUUUGGCCAAGCUGCAGCAGUUUACCAACACGUUCAUGGACCACUCUCACUCUUUGCCUUUCAACCACUCGGCUUCACACCCCAUACCCCACACCUCAUACGCAAACACCCCGUCACUCUCGUCACAGCACUCCAGCCUGGUAUCUUUGUCCCAGACCCCACACAGGGUCCCCAACCCACAGGUGCAGGCCACCAUGACCCCUCCCCCAAACCUCAGCUCGCCGCCACACAUGAUGCUCCAGCCCAACAUGGGCAUUCCGCCCUCGCAGCGGAUGCCCCAAAUGACAUCGAAGAGUCACAUCUCUUCACGCUCCAAGUCGGCCUCGUUGUCCCACCACCACCACCACCAGCAGCAGAUGUACUCCCGGCCACCACAGACUGUCGCCAUGCAGGCGCCAUCCAGGACGCUGGCUGCCAUGCCACGCAUGAACAUGAGCAUGAACAUCAUGCCGGCGCCAGGCUACAACGUCAACUCCAUGAACAUGCCCUCCCUCAACGCUAUGAAUGGCUACAGCAUGAGCCAGCCUAUGAUGAACAGUGGCUACCAUGGCAACCAUGCCUAUAUGAACCAGUCACCCCAGUACUCUAUGCAGAUGGGCAUGAUGGGAACACAGCCAUACCCCCAGCAACCCAUGCAGGCUCCGCCACAUGGCAACAUGGUGUACUCUCCAGCUGGUCACCAUGGUUACAUGAACACGGGCAUGUCCAAGCAGUCCCUGAAAGGGCCUUUAAUCAGGCGGUAACUCUCCGCAGGACAGAGCUGCCUCUUCCCGCGUGCUUUUGGCCGUUGGAACGAUGCACUGAUCAGGCCUUGUUGUUCCGUUUUCUGGUGUCCUUUUCAGUUACGUUUGUUAAUUAAAAACCAGCAGCAGCACUUGUAAAGAAUGCAAAAAGUUUCAUCAGUGAGUUCACUUUAAAGCUAACGUUAAAAAGUAUUUUUGUUCCUCCUGAUGGGAAGCCUUACAUCGUUAUGAUGAAAAUCUAUUUAAUUAGUGUUAGCGUCUCUGAUGUGUCUUUAGGCCAGGCGGGGUCAGAGCUCGGACGUAGAGAUUUCAUCUGUGGUCUUGCAGUCGUGUAGCAGCCUCAAAUGAAGCCAUUCAAUGCUACAAGUGGAGAAUAGUGGCUGUUUGAACCUGUUCAGUGUACCUGUCUAACAGUGCUGACCUUUAGUUUGUACUAUACUCAUGCCUUUGUAUAUUUAAAUUAUUGUACUUAUUUUGUAAAGUGAGAAAAAGCAUGCUUCAGUCUCCGUUAGUGACAGUGCAUUUGAGUAGUACUGUACAAGUGUUGUGCUUAAUAGCAAGCCAUUUUAAAAGUAUCUGGCCUUUAUUAGGUAUCCCUCCACAGGGACAAAGAUAAAACUAUAUUUUGUUAAAUCAAAUAAUGUAAAAAAAAUGUAAACUUAGUCCUGUUUUCUGUUUGGUUUGAGAGGUUUUAUUGCGAUGUGUGUAUAAUUCUGAAGCCUUUUGUAACGGAUCUCCUUGAGGCAGCUUUCUGUUUGAUAAAGCAGACUGAUUUCUGUCAAAAGAGACUAAAAACAAAGCAUAUCUCAGUGUUUGUACCCUGAAAAUUCUAAAACAUUUCAAAAGGUCCGGAAGUGUGGCAGAAUUUAAAAGAAUUAAAUGAUUAUAACAACGAAUAACGAUAAAGAAGAUAUAAACUUAGUCCAAAGUCGAUAUUUUACAUAAUGCCUUUAAAGCUACGUUUUCAUUCCAUCUGUAGAUUUGUUUUCUAUCUUUAUAAAAUGUGGAAUUUAUAUUUUACCGAAUUGUAGAAGAAUAGAGCCUGUGAAUAGACACAAACUAAGCUAAUGGAUUGCAUGUAAAACGCAACUUGUACUUGUGUUUUGUUUUAUUUUUUCUUGUUAAUAUUGCUCUUUUGUAGCCUUUGUACCUGUACAGAGUUGCUGGUGAGAACAGGGGGAAAUAUCCGGCUAUGUGCACUCAAAUCGAACAGAAUGACAUUCUUGUAUUUAUGACUUUUCUCCUUUUGUCAGUCACUUAAAAUGCUGUACAUUUUAGCAUAAGAAUAAAUUAUGAUUGACCAUGUA